AUGUCUAUCAAGACCAUAAAGGACGUCUCCGAAGCUAGAGUGGACAUUGUCUUUGUCCAUGGUUUGGAGACAGACCGGAAAUCCUGGAGGACCGAAGAUGAUGUCUUCUGGCCAGGAACGGUUCUUCCCAAGCUGGUCAAUAACGCCCGCAUCCUGGCAUUCGAGUCUGACGAUAUAAACGUCGAUACCAUCUGGAACACGGAGGAUUUGAUGACUGACGUCUCCGAUGAACUGUGUGAUGAGCUUGUGGGAGUGCGCAGCGGCGAUGUAGCUAAGCGACCCAUCAUAUUUAUUGCCCAUUGUCUUGGUGGCCUGAUUUGCGAACACGCUCUCGUUCGAGCAGCCAACGAUGAUGACAAAAAGCAAGUUGCGGAGUGCACCUUGGGACUCAUGCUUCUCGGAACCCCAUACUAUUCUCCGGCGAACAUUAGCGAAGCAACCAAAUAUUUCCGCCUGGCACAGCAGGAUAUUCCUAGCCCCGAGGAUCUGCAGGCCAUGUCGCAGUACAUGCUGGAAUAUGGGCGAGAAUUUGACCAAUUCCGACAGACGGCUCCGUUAAAAUUGAAGAUAUUCUUCGAGGGAGCGCCUACGAGGGUCGACGGCGAAGAAUUCAAGGUAGUUGAGUCGGCCGUGGUUGCAUUGCCCGAUACCCAGAAGCAGCUUGUUCGCAUCGGGUAUAGCCAUCACAGCAUGAGUUGCUUCAAGAAUGAGAAUGACAAGGAAUUCAAGAAGAUCUUCAAUCCGCUGAAGUCCUGGUUGGGUAGUCUUCCGAGUCCGGAAGAGAAGGGCACUGUUAACAAUAACUCGAAUGCCUCGUUCGCGGGGUCUAAUAACUCUGGCUUGCAGCUUGGGCAGAAUGCCGGGGCGCUCAAUGGGUUUUCCUUUGGUCGCUAG